AUGGAGAAGGACAACAAACUAAAAAAAGAAAAACAACAACAACAACAACGAGAGGCGUUUAUACAAAAAGAGCGAGAAAAACGUUUGGUAAUUUUACAAGAUCAACAACGAUACCGAGAAGACUUAGAAGGACAACUCAGGCGGGAACUUAAUAUACUUCUCUUUGACAUUGAACAGAAGAAAGUAUGGAAAUCAGAACCACCACCGCGACCAACGAGAGAACAACAAUUCCGACAACUUAAACAACGAUUCUAUUCUUCUGAUUGGCACUCUGUUGAAAUGGAUAAAGAUGAAAAGUUGGAAAAGAAGUCACCCAGUCUUAGUAAUGAAAUGGACUCCAUCAUCUCUGUGAUCUCAGGUUCUCCAGGGAAGCCUCAUAAUAUACAUUCCCCCAAUCCAUUUAAACUCUCACUAUCACNACCCACUUUGGGUGGACCUGGUACUAUUAUUGUUUAUUAUGGUUUUUUUUUUUAUUUAUUUUCCUUUCUCUGUGUACUUUUUUCUUUUCCUUUUUCCCUUUUUCCAUUUUCACCUUUACCUUCUUCAUUCUGUGUGCUGCCCAAUAGACUUAACGGCGGGGAACUUCUCUCACUGUAUAUAUGA